AUGCUUCCCAUCUUUACCCUCGGCCUUGCCGCAGUCGCUGGCUUUGCUGCCGCCCAAAAACAGCCCCAGAACAACUACCCCUACACCAUUGACCCCGAGUCCGUCUCCGAGUCUGACAGGCGGACCUGGUGUGACAACCAGCGUGCCCAGUGUCCCAACAUCUGCACCCAGCUGCCCGGCGUUACCAGCACAACGACAAUCGAGAACGACUGCGAUUGGGAGGCUCUCACGUACUCUUGCGUCUGCGAGAACGGCAAGUCCCCUAACAUCACCCAGUACUCUCAGACCCUUCCGUAUUACAUCUGCCUGGCCUGGGGCACCCAGUGCGUAGCCAACUGUGGACCCGACAACGAGUGCGCCAGUACCUGCCGUGAGGACCAUCCCUGCGGAGCCCAGGAGCCCCCGAAGCCGAACAAAACCGCCUCAUCGACGGUUUCGUCCACAACCCCUACCCCCUCGACGACGAAGGGCACGAGUGACAUCCCUGUUGAUGGCUUCGGCGGUGACCAGUCAGACAACUCGAACCAGCCUAAGGGCGCUGCUGUCAUGUUGAACCUGGGACAGGGCUACGGCAUGGCAAUCGUGGUGGGAUCCGUCGUGGCGGCGUUCGGCUACCUCCUGUGA